CUAAAGUUUAUUGUUGCGAAAUCUUGUUUGCAGUGAUGCUUCCCAGUUCUUCUUUUCAAUCCCUCUAUAUAUUUCUCCUGUGGAUGGAUUCGACUAAGAAAGGCUGGAGAGUGCCGGAUAGUAGAGGAUUGGCGGAUCCGGUGGAGAAUGAAGGAGUUGUGCAGAGGCGACAUUCUGGGACCAGAGUGUAAGCAGGGCAGUAUGAUGGCGAUUGUCGAAAGGUACUUUAAAGGAAAUUUGCAAUGUAUAUAAUCGGACAGAAUAGGGAAUGGAAAAUCAAACUCAGCUAUCUAUAUUAUAUUAAUUUUG